AUGGGGCCAUCCAUCACCGACGAUGAUGCUGUACUGCAACACCAUGUUGAAAAUAUCAUAGGAUCUAACCAUAUUGUUAUGCCAAAACCAGAUAUAGGACCUGUUGCAUGGGAGAAUCCAGGCCCGGCUGCCUACGAUUUCCGGUCUGACUUUGUUACGUCCCCAACGAUGGAAAUGCUACAAGCUAUUACCAACUGCACGUUACAGGAUGAUACCAUGGAGGAAGACCCCACGGCGAACUCCUUUCAAAAUUUUAUGGCCCAUCUAACUGGCCAUGAAGCAUCUUUGUUGGUCCUUUCAGGAACGAUGGGAAACCAAGUUGCACUUCGAACGGCACUUACCGCUCCUCCGUACUCUGUCCUUGCAGACAGCCGUUCCCACAUCAUAAAUAUGGAGGCCGGGGGUGCAGCUACACUUUGUGGAGCUCUUCUACGUGGUGUUAUGCCUGCAAAUGGCCAUCACCUUGCGCUUGAUGAUAUUAAAACACAUGCCUGCCUAACAACAAACAUAUAUGACUGCCCCACGAAAGUGAUCAGCUUAGAAAACACACUCGCUGGUACCAUUAUACCACUAUCAGACACGCAGGCCAUUUCUCAGUGGGCACGCCAGCAAAAUCCACCGAUACAUAUGCACCUUGAUGGGGCGCGUUUAUGGGAGGCUGUUGCAGCAGAUCCAGCUCUUCUAAAACUCUACUGCAUGUGCUUCGACACAGUCACUCUCUGCUUUACCAAAGGUCUUGGUGCUCCCCUUGGAUCUAUCGUGGUUGGCAGUCAAUCAAUCAUCACUCAUGCAUGCUGGAUGCGGAAAAGGUUGGGAGGAGGGUUACAACAAGCAGGAAUUAUUGCUGCUGCUGCUCGAGUUUCAGUUACGAGUACCUUCCUCCGCCAAAAACUGGUGGAUUGUCAUAAAGUAGCCAGGGAAAUCUCGGAGAUGUGGUUAUCUUUGGGAGGCAAGAUUUGGGACAAUAUUAUUGAUAAAAAUUGCUUUGCAGAGCUAGCUAAUAAGGCAGGUAUCAAGAUAAUGAAGGGAAAGGCGGAAGAUAUUCUCGGCCACGUUACGAAAUUCGAUUUAAAUAGUUAA